AUGCCUAAAACCCCAGAUUUUCUCAUCCUGAGAGGGCAGGAGUUUGAGGAAGAAAUUGCCAAAUAUGACCGGAUCUGUGAGGAGGCAUAUGGCAGGUCCAAGGAUAAAAAGAUCCUGCAUAUAAAGCACUGGCUAGACUCCCCCUGGCCUGGCUUCUUCAAUGUGGAUGGGGAGCCCAAGAGCAUGACAUGCCCAACCACUGGCAUCCCUGAGGACAUGCUGACCCACAUUGGCAAUGUGGCCAGCUCUGUGCCCCUGGAGGACUUUAAGAUCCACACAGGUCUCUCCCGCAUCCUACGUGGCCGUGCAGACAUGACCAAGAAGCGCACAGUGGACUGGGCAUUGGCAGAGUACAUGGCCUUCGGUUCGCUGCUAAAGGAGGGUAUCCACGUACGGCUCAGUGGCCAGGAUGUGGAGAGGGGCACGUUCAGCCACCGGCACCAUGUUCUUCAUGACCAGGAAGUUGACCGGAGGACGUGUGUCCCUAUGAACCACCUGUGGCCUGACCAGGCCCCCUAUACUGUGUGCAACAGCUCCCUCUCAGAGUACGGAGUUCUAGGCUUUGAGCUGGGCUAUGCCAUGGCCAGCCCCAACGCCCUGGUCCUCUGGGAAGCUCAGUUUGGUGACUUCCACAACACAGCCCAGUGCGUCAUCGACCAGUUCAUCAGCACUGGCCAGGCCAAGUGGGUGCGGCACAAUGGCAUCGUGCUCCUGCUGCCCCAUGGCAUGGAGGGCAUGGGUCCGGAGCACUCUUCGGCAAGGCCAGAGAGGUUCCUGCAGAUGAGUAAUGAUGACUCUGAUGCCUACCUGGUGUUCACUGAGGACUUCGACGUGAGCCAGCUCUAUGACUGCAACUGGAUUGUGGUGAACUGCUCCACCCCAGCCAGCUACUUCCACGUGCUGCGCCGACAGAUCCUGCUGCCCUUCCGCAAGCCACUCAUUGUCUUCACACCCAAGUCUCUGCUGAGGCACCCUGACGCCAAGUCCAGCUUUGACCAGAUGGUGUCCGGAACUAGCUUCCAGCGAAUGAUUCCAGAAGAUGGCCCUGCGGCACGGUCUCCUGGGCAGGUCCAGCGACUCAUCUUCUGCACAGGAAAGGUAUACUAUGACCUGGUAAAGGAGCGCAGCAGCCAGGGCCUGGAGGAGCAAGUGGCCAUCACACGCCUGGAGCAGAUCUCGCCGUUCCCUUUUGACCUGAUCAUGCGGGAGGCAGAGAAGUACUCGGGUGCCGAGCUGGUGUGGUGCCAGGAGGAACAUAAGAACAUGGGCUAUUACGACUACAUCAGUCCACGCUUCAUGACUCUGCUUGGCCGCUCCCGGCCCAUAUGGUAUGUUGGCCGGGACCCAGCAGCUGCACCGGCCACUGGAAACAAGAACGCUCACUUGGUGUCACUGAGGAAGUUUCUGGAUACUGCCUUCAACCUGAAGGCCUUUGAGGGCAAGACAUUUUAGGAUGAGGCCAGACCUGCUCAGGACUUGCCAAGGGAGGUUAUCUGGGAACUUUGGGGCUCCCAGACGAACCACACUCAUGUAGCUAAACCACACUCAUGUAGCAGUUAGGACCAAAGAUUAGCAUUCCUAACUUUGGUCUCCGUGUUAUUUCGGAAUUGGUCAGGACCAAGAAUUAGCAUUCCUUAGAUAAAAGGGAUAUAGAUGUACUCUGUUACUCUGCUGGCCUUUCUGGAUCUCUCUUUCUCCCCCUUUCUCUCUCCUCUCUGUCUUUCUCGGUGGUUUUUCUAGCUGUAUUGGUCUUGUCUCUAGCCUGCCUCUGGAGCUGUGCACUGUCACUCCCGUCCCAGCUGUCUUCGUUGCCAUUCCCCCUGUUGUCUCCAUCCGUAGAUUCAGAGAGAUGGUCUCUGCUGAGAGAUGGUCUCAGCAGUAGCAAUUUCAGCAAUAAUGGCAGGUGAAGCUCAACCACCCCGGAAACUCUGUGAGAUGUAGCGCACACGUGUGAACCAAAGCAGGAAACCAAAGAGCAGAGGAAUAAAGGCGUGCUUGGG